AUCCACUUCCUGCUCGAGAGCCUGCUCCACCACUUACCUGGACCUGGAGAGGGCGAGGGAGGUCUGAGCGGCCCGAGGUGGAUCCCGGAGAGCAGAGCCCGCGACCACCCCCUGGGCCCGUCUGUCGGUGGCGAUCUUAGAAACUAGAAUGAAUCGAAGCAUUCCCGUGGAGGUUGACGAAUCGGAGCCCUUCCCGAGUCAGUUGCUGAAUCCGAUCCCAGAAUCUUCUCCAGAAGAGGAAUUGGAACCACCUGCCCCAAAUACAAGGAACACGGCACCCAGCAGCUUGUCUGUACUCCAACGCCCUCCCCUGAAACUUGCAAAUCACCAGCCUGUGUCGCAACAGGUCACCUGCUUGCGAGCUAAAGUCCUGGAGGAGAGUGAAGCCAGUUUCCUUAGAAGGCACCCUGAUCUCGGCAAAGAUGUUUCCUCCUGCUCCUCUGAAGCCAGUGAGCCUGGGUCUGAGCUUGGAGCCCUCUCUCUAGAGCAUCGCUUUACACAUAUGGAAAAACGCGAUAGAUGGCUGGGACCUCAGCUUUCAGCAGCUUCUCCCGACACUGGCCAUGACUCAGACAAAUCAGACCCAAGUUUGCCUAUGGCUUUGGCAGACUCCUCCAGUAGUGACCAAGAGAUGAGGCCCAGGCCCGGGUCCCGGCCCCGGCCCUGGCCCCGGCACCACAGGAACAGGGCAGCCCCAGAUGUGCCCACGAUAGACACUGGGUAUGAUUCCCAGCCCCAAGAUGUCCUGGGCAUCAGGCAGCUGGAAAAGCCCUUGCCCCUCACCUCCUCAUGUUACCUGCAGGACCUCCCUGGGCCUCUCAGGUCCAAGGAAUUUCCCCAGUUUGAACUCCAGAGGUAUCCGGCGAAUGCGCCGAUGCUGCCUCUCGAUCCUUCCCCACAGGUUCCAUGGAGUUAUCAGUACUGUCGUCCCGGAGGGCCCUAUCACCACCAGGCGCCAUAUGGUCAUGGCUACCCUCCAGCAGCAGCCUACCAGCAAGUCAUCCAGCCUGCUCUGCCUGAGCAGGCCCUUCUCGGGGCAAGGGUGAGAGGCCUGCACCCUAUGCAGAAGGUCGUCCUGAAUGACUCCAGCCCCCAGGACCAAGAAGAGAGGCCUGCACAGCGAGACUUCUCUUUCUCAAGGCUCCCAAGGGACCGGCUCUGCCGCCCACCAUCUAAUGGAGCUGGAGCUCCCGAGGAGUCCUUGGACCGUCCUGCAGAGCUGAGACCACAUGGUCCCCAGGCUCUGUCCCCAGCUGCCGUGCCUAGACCCCCUAGCAACCCCUUAGCCCGAGGAACUCUGAAAACCAGCAAUUUGCCAGAGGAAUUACUGACCCCGAGCUCGGAAGCAAUGCUCCCAAACUGCUUACCACCAGAUUUUCCUUAACGCACAGGAAACUACAAACGACACCCAUACUUCUUCCCUCCUCAGUGAGGCUCUUCCGGGACGUGCCCCUGGGUAGAUGGAUUGGUCGCUCAUGUGGUACUGGGUGGGAACCCAGUGUCUCGCUGUAAAUUAGCAGCAGCUCUCAAGAACAAGGUUGUUUUCUGCAGCAGUGAGCAGCCUGGUUUGAAGAAACAAAAACUGUCUCACGUUGCCCAUACUGCUUCACACCCCGAUGCAAACUAAAGAAAUUUAGUUUUAUUUAAAGAAAUACCCCACUCAGUGUCUGGCAGGGAGGGCUUUGUCUCCUACAUUUUGCUUCAAGAACCAGCAGUGUUGAAAUACCACCAGACUGCUCCGAGAGUGAGGCCAGCUAGGAUUCUCAGUUCCAGAAAUCUUAAGCAAUCAGUCACUACUUAUGAAUUAUUAUCUGCUAGAGAGGCUCACUCUUCCCAGAACUGGGACACUCAGAACCAAGCCUCAGGCCUUUGCUUUGCAAAUUGCUUUUGUUGACUCUCCACUCAAAGUCACUUCCGGCUCUGAAAGACUUCUGUGACCAUGAUGGCUAUGGGUUUCCUGCCAAAAUCCUGUUUCUGAGCAUCUUAAAAUCAUAUACACUUCAAUUACACAAAAUAUCUGAGUGGACAGGCUUACAUGGUGUAUGGUCCCAAUAUUCUGUCUUAUCUGGGAAGGGAGUCCUAAAAUUACCACGCACGGAGGUGGAAAAGGAUCGAGCCCGGCCUGGAUGCCUGCCUGCUGGUUUCUUCCACCAACACACAGGGCGCACGCUUUCAUUUGAGAGCUCUGUUCCCAUCGGAGCCCUCUAAGCACAGAUAAACACACAGACUCAUCUUCUCUUCAACAUCUCUUAGUCCUCUGCCUCGGGGUUUCUUGAGAUUUAACGGGUUCAUUCCACACUAAAAGGCAUCUCCCACGGCAUCUACAAACUGCUCGUGAAGAAACCUCUCUGCUGUCUGAGAAAACAGCGGUUCUGGCUGGGUAGGGCAAGCUUGUCUGAACAGUUCUGUCCAUGGCUUCUUGCUGGCUUGUGGGGGAAGAAGACACUGCAGCACUGAGCUGCCCUGAGGCACUGCCUUCCCCUUAAACGGCUGAUCUGGACAUCAGACUCCUCCUGCUUCCUGACCUCUCUCCAAAAAAGGGUUCAGGGCAGCAGAGAGCAUCUCGAGAUCAAAAGCAGACGCUGCCGGGUGGCCCCUUAGCAAGCCUUAGCUUCUUAGCCUGCUGGGAGAGCAUUUUCCUUGGGCACAGGGCCAAGUGUCUCUAAGAAACAAGGCAGUGGCUUGAGCUGAAAGGACAGGCUGGCUGUGGGUGGUAGCUUUUGUAGCAUCUCCCGUGGCAUUCCAUGAGACCUCUAAGGCUUGUCU